AUGCUUGUGUUCAGUGUCGAGGAGACAUCGGUCCUCAUUCACUCGGCUCUCAAAAGACACACAAAAGGCAUUAUAAUGGUUGCGCUUAUUCGGUUUCCCAUUCUGCAUUCAUCGGCCCGGCUCGGUUUUCCCUUCUUGUUUGCAAACUCUGCUCUGUCAUUUGUGCAUGGCGUUUACUUGGAAAUUGAAAUGGUGUUUCUCCUGGUGGAAACAGGUUCAUUCGGGUUUUCAGUGCCGGUCAUAAAUAUGAAUGCAUCUUUUUCUGUCCUUUACAAAUACCGCAAUGCGUCUUAUCACCUACCCGGCUUAACGGAUCAAAUCUUUUCUGCAAUGGUCCACGGGACCGCUCGUCCCUUCUCUAGAUAUUCUCUAACAAUACCUGUCAUUGACACAUGGAUGGCCUUCUAUUCACCCGUGUACAACGAGACCUUGAACGAUAUUUCGGAAGAGGACGACGUUCUGCAAUACAUACAACAGAUCCUCCUUCGAUUAUACGAUCAGGGGUCGACAGUCUCUCACCAGCUCCACCUCGUGAAGAAAACGCUGAUCAAUGACAUUAGAACGUCAGGAACCGCAACGAAAGGACUGCUAAUCCCAAUAGGUGAAAUUUCGAUUGGCGAAAUAGAAGAAGGAAGUAUGGUCGUUGUAAUUCGAAUCGACUCGCGUUGCGCCAGAAUGAGGAUAAAAGACUAUGUCAAGAGACUAAUUGGAUCAUGA